AUGAAUUCGCAGCCGAAUUCGGUGCUGGGCGGCAUCGGCGGCGAAACCCCGCACGGACUUGGCCCAUCUUCGAACAUGACUUUUGGAAGCCACGGCCCUGGAUCGGUGCUAGGCGCUUCUUCGAUCUUGCGGCAUCGCUCAGACAGCAUUGGCGGACCGUCUAGCAUGCUUUUGGGCUCGCAGCAGCACCCACAUCUCAACUCUCAAAUGGCUGGCUCGUCGCUGGGCGGCUUCACGCCGAUGACGAACGAGCGUGCCGGCGGCCCCCCAAGUAACAUGAACAUGAACAUCAACCUCAGCCACCUUGUGCACAACCCGCCGAGCGUCAGCGCAAAUCCUGGAUCGGUGCAGCCAUUCGACAUUAUGAACCCGCAAUCGGUGCCCCAGAAUCUGAUCGUCCCAAUGACGCCGCUGAACGUGCACGACCAGCAGAUGCGCGAAAUGAACAAACCGCAUAACCCGCCCAGCAUAAUGCAGAUCGUGCCGCAGACGCCGUCUUCGGUCCAUGACGUCCCCAUGCCCACCCUACAAAACAUUGUCAGCACGGUGAAUUUGGGCGUUCAACUCGACCUGAAAAAGAUUGCUCUGCACGCACGUAAUGCCGAAUAUAACCCGAAACGUUUCGCGGCCGUCAUCAUGAGGAUCAGGGAACCCCGCACAACCGCCCUCAUCUUUUCUUCCGGGAAAAUGGUGUGCACUGGCGCAAAAAGCGAAGAAGCUAGCCGGCUUGCGGCUAGAAAAUACGCUCGCAUCGUUCAGAAGCUGGGAUUUGACGCCAAGUUCACGGAAUUUAAGGUUCAAAACAUGGUCGGAUCUUGUGAUGUGCGGUUCCCGAUCCAGCUCGAGGGCCUUUGUCUAACCCAUGCCCAAUUCACGACCUACGAGCCCGAGCUCUUUCCGGGUCUCAUCUAUCGAAUGGUGAAGCCGCGUGUCGUCUUGCUGAUCUUCGUGUCUGGAAAGGUGGUCAUAACCGGCGCUAAAUUCAAAAAGGAUAUCGAUGGUGCAUUCUCGCAGAUUUACCCCCUGCUGAAAAGUUUUAAAAAA